CCGGUGUUUCAACCAAUUACAGCUCGCCAACAGUAAAGCAACGUCAGGCAAACGAAUGGACACGUUUUAGUAAAGAAGCACCUUUCGUGUGUGGUGGUGCGUGUGAACAGUGCUGAAGCAUCGUUUACCUACUAGACGUUUCGUGCGAGACUGUCACUUAUCAACUCAGUAACUGAUAUGAAGUCAUUAUUUUUAGCAGCCUGCCUCCUGGCAGUUUGGAGCUGCAUUCUCAGUGGCCAGAAUGUCAGAGCUGAAAGUGAUGGUGAUUGUGAAGUGUGCAUUGGAUUCCUGGAAAAGUUUGCCGGCACGCUGACAGAGGCUGAGAAGAAGGACACAGCGGCCAUUGAGAAGAAAUUCAAGGAACUGUGCAGCACUGCCAAGAGCCGGGAGAACCGCUUCUGUUACUACGUAGGAGGCUUGGAGGAGUCAGCUACAGGCAUCCUUGGCGAGAUGUCCAAGCCCUUGUCCUGGGGCCUGCCUUACAACAAAAUCUGUGAAAAACUUAAGAAGAAAGAUUCACAGAUCUGUGAACUUAGAUAUGAAAAACAAAUUGAUCUGGGAAGCGUAGACUUGAAGAAGCUCAAGGUUCGAGAUCUGAAGAAGAUUCUACUGGACUGGGAUGAACAGUGCGACGACUGCCUCGAGAAGAGCGACUACAUUCGCUUCAUUGAGCAACUCAAACCAAAAUAUGUCAAAAAUGAAUUGUAAUACUGGCGUAUUUUAGAAUAUCUCGUACUGUGUUAGCAGAGUGUUUCAAGUGACCUAUUUUAUAAGUAGAUGUUUGCUGGAAGUUGCGUACGCGUGUUUGUGUGCAUAAGUGAACGUCAAUAUAUGCUAGUGGGCAAAUGCAUUUUAGUCAGAGUACCACGUGUCUUAUUUUCUGUUAUUUAAAGAAACUGUUGUUAACAUAGCAUUUUUUCUUAAUAACACUUCUGUGAGAAUGAUGAACAUCAAAUAUUUUCCACUUUACUCACGUACCCUGCCUUCAGAUAAUAUUUUCGUAAGGUUUGACUAGAUCAUCAGCGAGGCCAUGCAGUCAGUACUGGCGUUUUGGUUGGACCAGCUAACGUCCCAGUCCAGUAUCCUGCAGACUAACAACAAUCCAACUAAUAGUUAACAACUUCUGAGUAGCAAUAUAAUAUCACUUCGGAAUUACCUUAGCGUGAUCGAAAUGAGCGAGAUGUACCAGGAAAAACUGAAACUUAGCGUUCAGUAUAAUUUUUGAAAGUUAUCCGUAAUUUUAUUUGAAAGUUAUCCGUAAAAGUUCAUUCGUCUCGUCUUACAAGCUGUUAUUUAUUAUUUUUUGUAAGAUUUUGUUGUAUUCUUCUCGAUUUCUUUUUGCACAAGUAACGUUUGAACGAGAAAUGUAAUUUCUCACGUGACUAUCUAAAACGAUAAGUGUUAUUGUCAUACCAGUAUUUUGAGAAGAAAAUUCAUCCUGA